AGCUGGUUAUGUCCAGCCUCUUGGCUGUUUCUUGGAACAGUCUUUCUUUUUGGCAUCACUGAGCUCCAGUCCUGAGAUAUGCUGCUAUCAGCAAUGCACACACUGCUGCUCUGCCCUGCUGUCAUAAACACGGCUCUGUGGAGGAUGUAGCCCAGCAGAGGGGCACUUCCAUGCGAGAUCCUAGGAAACUAGGGAGGAAAAACAAAGGGAGAAGCAUUUUAAAGAGCGGCCGAGUGCGAGUACCUGUCUGGGAUGUCAGUGAAGCUGCGCUUCGUCUCGCCAGUAGAGGGCGCUGCAGUCAGCAGGAGUCGCUCGUUUGCUGGUUUCAGAGCGAUGCACGGCAGGAGAGCGCAAUUCUAUGCUGUGAGCAGCAGUUCACUGAGGUCCAGGGUGCCCUCUGUGAAGUCCAUGAGGAUGUACCCUGCCUCUAGCAAGGCAGGCAGCAGCCCAGAGCCCCAGCCGCUCCAGGUGGAGAAGAUAUUCAGCGCUCUGAAGAAAGGCUUGAAUGAAUAUCUGGAAGUGCACCAGGCAGAGCUGCUUUUCCUCACUGCCCAGCAGAAAGACAGCAAGAGGAACUCAAGACUGGCUUUUUUGUACGAUUUAGAGAAGCAAAUCCGAGUGGUGGAGCGCUACGUGAGGAGACUGGAAUUUCAGCUCAGUAAGGUGGAGGAACUCUACGAGUCGUACUGCAUCCAGUGGCGGCUGUGUGACGGCGCCCGGAACAUGAAGCACGCUUUCUCCAUGUCUCCCUCCAGCAGAGCUUCCAGGGAGAGCCAAGUGGAGCUGAGCAGAAACCUCAGGGAGUGCAUGGAGGACAUGUGGCUGAUGGAAGGAACACUUGAAAUACUCCUGGGAGAGCUUCGGAUCAGGAUGAAAGGGCUGGUUGGCUUUGCACGCCUGUGUCCGGGGGAUCAGUAUGAGGUUUACAUCAGGCUGGGUCGGCAGAGGUGGAAGAUAAAGGGGAAGAUCCAGAGUGACGACAGACAGACCUGGGACUCUGAGGAGAUGGUCUUCCUGCCCCACAUUCACGAGAGCUUUGACAUAAAGGUAACAGAGCUGAGAGGUCUGAGUACAGUUCUAGUAGGGGUGGUGACGUGUCAGAGUGCCAAUUUCUUCACGGCCAGACCGCAGAUAAUGGUUGUGGACAUCACUGAACUGGGAACCAUCAAACUGCAGAUGGAGGUCUUAUGGGACCCCUUUCACACAGGAGAGGUGAGCUCACCCAGCAGCCCCUCUGGCAGGCUCCCAGCCCCCAGCAGGAAGGGAUCAAUGUACAGCUGGACUCCUCCCAGCACUCCCGGCUUCCAGGAGAGGUAUUUCACUCAGUACCAGGACCCCGACAGCUCCUUCACUCUGCUGCCUCGUGACUCCAGGGCAGUGUCUGUAUUGAAUUACCUGGCAGACAGUCCACAGGGCUCGCUCUCCCCCGUAUUCCCCCCAGACAAUGAGGGCUGGCAGGGGCCUAGAGACAGCCCUCCCUUCUCUGAUGACAGGUCAGACUCGCAGGCGAAGCGGGGGCGCCUCUCCUCGGAGAUGGGAAGCAGCUCCUGCUAUGAAGAGGAAAGCAAAUGGGAGAGGUACAGCACGCCGGACAUCCUGAGAGAGAACAGGCUGACAGGGGGCCCUCAUGCCGACAGCGCCCUGGUGAACCUGCACGGAGGAGACGCUGGCAGGAGGAGGAGUCUCACGACGCAACUGACGUUUCAAGACAGAGCUCAGAGCGCCGCUCCCCUGAGGAGCAGAUCCUGCAGGCUGGCAGAGCUGCUGCACAAGGUCACCGGAGACCUGCAGAAUACGGGGAAACAAGACAGGGAGCUGAAGAGGCUGGGAAAGCAAAUCCUGCUCUUUGGGGAUAUUCUAAAGAAUGACCGCUACCUGCACAAAACCUCUUCAAUGGAAACCCUGGCGGUGGAGGAGGAGGUGCUGGGCAGUUUCGAUUUCCUCUCCACUGAUUUCAAUGCUGACGAGCUGUCCUGCCUGGGCAGUGUGAGAGUCAGUACAUUCCAAGAAGGCACCCUUCCAAACCUGGGGACGUCACCACAGGGCACAAGUGUGACAGAGAGAGUCCCGCUAACCACAGGGGACAGCAGCUUAGACCUGUCACUCAUCAUUCACCUGUGCAUGUGCAAGCACCUUCUGCAGCACCUGAGCUGCUCAGACUCCUCUGUGGUUCAGAGCGCUCUAUUAGAAGAGCUUUCUUUGCAAGCUGACGUCUUAGAGAAAAUCAGCAAACUGUCACAGGAGAAGUCUGCAAAUGAAUAUUCAGCAAGGGACAUUGUUCCAGAGUGUCAGAGGUUAAAAUCACUCCUCUCACUGUGGGACGAAUGCACAGAAAGUGAGACAGUGUUCCACUGCUCCACAGAGAAGAUACUGAAGCAACUGAGGAAACGAUUCAUUCAUAAAGUGAAAGCGAAGCAGCCGGGCCAAGCAGACACAGUGUUCAGAAGACUUCUGGAGCAGAUACUGUCCUGCUGCAGACUGGUCCCUCCCCCCAGCGUGUCCGAGGGAGUGCGAUUGGUCCCUCCCCUGAGCAUGUCUGAGGGAGUGCGAUUGGUCUCUCCCCCCAGCGUGUCUGAGGGAGUGCUGACAGUCUUCCAGUUCUUCAACUACCUGCAGAAAUGCAGCAUCACUGACUUUGGGGAACACCUCACCCAGCUCUCCAAAGAAGUGCAGCUCAUCGAGGCGCUGUCGUGUCCCAAGAGGAGGAGAGCUCUGAAGAGACUGAAGGGGAAGCGCCUGUCACAGCUGCAGCCGCUGCCCCAGACCCUGCAGCUCCUCGCCAUGCUGCAGACCGACGAGAACCACAAGGUGUGCAGGGGAGCAGCGGCCUGUCUGUGCAGAGCAGCUGCAACCAAGAGCUUCAGAGCAAAGGCUAUCGUGUAUUACACAGCCGCCCUGGGGGACAGUGACCUGCCAUUUCAACAAGCAGCCUGCAUGGCUCUCAAGUGUCUUAAAGCAGUGGAAAGCAUUGAGCAGAUUGCAGACCUCUGGCGCUGCGGAGAUGAGGAUUUGCACAACGCUGCAAGAGAAGCUGUGCUUUCAUUUGGUAAAAAGGGCCAUAUGGCUUUCUUGAAGAUGGAUAAAAUCUGUUGUGAGCUGCAAGAGGAGGCUUUCCAGAACAAGGACACUGAAAUCACUAUCCUCUGACCAGUCACUGUCCCCUGAGUGAAUCCAUACAGCCUGGUCAGAAAUCACUGUCCCCUGAGUGAAUCCAUACAGCCUGGUCAGAAAUCAAUGUCCCCUGAGUGAAUCCAUACAGCCUGGUCAGAAAUUACUGUCCCCUGAGUGAAUCCAUACAGCCUGGUCAGAAAUCACUGUCCCCUGAGUGAAUCCAUACAGCCUGGUCAGAAAUUACUGUCCCCUGAGUGAAUCCAUACAGCCUGGUCAGAAAUUACUGUCCCCUGAGUGAAUCCAUACAGCCUGGUCAGAAAUUACUGUCCCCUGAGUGAAUCCGUACAGCCUUGUCAGAAAUCAAUGUCCCCUGAGUGAUUCCAUACAGCCUGGUCAGAAAUCACUGUCCCCUGAGUGAAUCCAUACAGCCUGGUCAGAAAUCACUGACUCCCGAGUGAAUCCAUAUAGCCUGGUCAGAAAUCACUGACCCCUGAGUGAAUCCAUACAGCCUGGUCAGAAAUCACUGACCCCUGAGUGAAUCCAUACAGCCUGGUCAGAAAUCACUGACCCCCGAGUGAAUCCAUAUAGCCUGGUCAGAAAUCACUGACCCCCGAGUGAAUCCAUACAGCCUGGUCAGAAAUCACUGACCCCCGAGGGAAUCCAUACAGCCUGGUCAGAAUGAAGAGGAUCCUGAAAGCUGAAACAAACAGACAUUUCAAAUAUUCUAAUGAUUGUAAAAUGUUGUAUCCAUUUUUCAGAAUAUAUUUUAUAACAAUGUUUAUUUUGACUAUUGGUAAUUUAUAUAUAUAAAUAUAUAAAACAAAACAAUUAAAAAUCUAAAAUGAAUAAUAAACAACGCAAGACUCUACCCCUCAAAUGUUGAUUAUUUGUGUUUUGGAGUAAACAGCUUUGAGAAUCUAGUCCUGUUUUAUUACAGAUCUGGUCUUGUGCACUCUGUGCAGGUUCAAGUACUAAGACCAGGCAAAGGAUUUUUUUUUUUUUCUUGGAUAUUUUACAUUUUAAUGAUAUGGAUAUUUUAGUUUAAGGAAAACAUGUUUUUUCUAAUAAAGUUGCCAGUGCAAUUGUGUCUUUGUUUUAAAUCUCAGACUGAAAUUGACAUGAUCAAUUCAGCACUUUACAUGAAAAUUAUUUUAUUUGUCGCUUGACACACAUGGACUUUUUUAAUGGACAAAUAUUGUUUCCAGAAUAUAUUGGUAAUUCUGUGAUGAGCAGAGUGGAAAUAGUCAUGUCCUUUGUUUUUGCUACUGCACUGCACUGUGGUAUUAGACCCUGCCUGAUAACUAUACAGGCUGGGUUUAUACAGUGUAUAUUCUGUUUCAUUAAAUAUUGUUUCCAGAAUAUAUUGGUAAUUCUGUGAUGGGCAGAGUGGAAAUAGCCAUGUCCUUUGUUUUUGCUACUGCACUGCACUGUGGUAUUAGACCCUGCCUGAUAACUAUACAGGCUGGGUUUAUACAGUGUAUAUUCUGUUUCAUUAAAUAUUGUUUCCAGAAU